AUGUGCUCAUUCUGCCAGAACAAUGUGGAUCCUUCAGCUCCGCCGGUUCUUCGGGAAUGGCCAGACUGUCGCCUUGAGUGUGAUUCCACACCUCUGGGCUAUGAAAAGACUCAGAAUGGCUGGCAGUGCUCCCCAGGCUAUGCUGGCAUCCCUCAGGCGUCCUGUCGCCCAAGCUCCAGGUGCGGUGCGGAGCUGCACUUGGAGGGCUGCAAUCCCAUUGUCCCGUGCUUGAGGCCCACCUUUGGUGACGACGUUUGCCGAUUCGUGGCUGACUGUCCAGACCGGCUGCAGCCGGGGGGAAGCUGCAUGGUACGGUGUCAGCUGCCCUACGAGGGAGAGGCCACGACGGCGCAGUGUCCACACGACAACACGCGGCCUACAGGAGAAGCGAUUUGGGCGCGGCCGAAUUGCAGCUUCCAUGUCUGUCCUGAUCCAGCCGUCUUCAGUGUCAACUAUACCAAGGAUGCCGGAUCUCCAGUGGGCUGGCGCUGCUCCGACGCCAUGACGGGACGAGCACAGAAGUUGGGACCCAGUUGGGACCGGAUUUUCUGUGUGUGGGGAGGUUGCAGCUGUUGCAACCCCCAAAAAAGAUAG